UUUUUAAUUUUUCAUGAAAAAAGGAAUAUAUCAGAAAAUUAAAAAAAAUAAAAUUCACUUUGCACUCAGAAGAAGAAGGGAGAGGAUCGAAUUCGAAGAUCUCAUCAAAGAGGAAAACGAAGAUUCAUCUUUUUCAGCUCUCUUCGUUACUGUCCUAGGUGAUUUCUUCCCAUCUGUGUAAGCCCAGAUGGUCUUAGUUGGACAGCUGGGCGGGUGGGACCAUGGGAGCUAGCAUGUACCUGGUGUAAUAGUUGAGGUGUGGGCAAGCUGGUCCAGACACCACCGUCGUUAAAAUAGAAAAAAUAUAUUGAUGCUGCUAAUCAUUAGAUAUUCAUAUCUAUAUAUGUAAUACAUGAUGUGAAAAUAUUAGAUGCUGGCUACAGGCGUCCUUGUUCAAGCUUAGUUCACAAAAACAUUACAGUGACAUAUAGUCAGAUAUUAUAUUGCGGUGGCAGCACAAUGGACCCAGCAAAUGAAGGAAACAACCCCAAUAACAAUCCUAGUCUUGCUUCAAAGCAACGGUUGCGUUGGACCCAUGAGCUACAUGAACGUUUCGUUGAUGCCGUCGCACAACUUGGUGGCCCAGACCGGGCUACCCCUAAAGGUGUUCUUAGAGUCAUGGGUGUGCAAGGGCUAACAAUUUACCAUGUAAAAAGCCAUUUACAGAAAUAUCGGCUUGCUAAAUACCUCCCAGAUUCCUCUUGUGAUGGGAAACAAUCUGACAAGAAAGAAUCAGGAGACAUGCUUUCCAGUUUGGAUGGUUCAUCGACUGGUGUGCAGAUAAAUGAGGCUCUAAAACUGCAGAUGGAGGUCCAAAAGAGACUUCACGAGCAACUGGAGGUUCAAAGACAGCUACAACUUAGAAUUGAAGCACAAGGGAAGUACUUGAAGAAGAUAAUAGAAGAACAACAGCGGCUCAGUGGAGUUCUCGCAGAAGUUCCUGAUUCUGGGGUGACUCCUUCAGCAGCAGGUGACAAUGGUCUAGAUUCCGAUAACCGGACUGAUCCAGGGACUCCUGCACCAACAUCUGUGUCUCCUCACAUUGAUACGUCUGUACAAGAGCAUGGCCGUAGCAAGAGCCUUUCUAUUGAUCAAUCAUUCUCCUCGCAACAUGAGCCUCUUACUCCUGAUUCUGGUUGCCGCGAGACUUCACCAAUAAAUAGCUCUGAAGGUGAAAGGUCAUCAAAGAAACAAAGAGUGGGCACAUUUACUAAAGCAGAUAUGCUACUGCCGCACCAGAUAUUAGAGUCGAGCUUGAGCUCACGAUACGAGCAACCAAAUCCUGUUUUCGUGGCGAGGGAGCAAUUCAAUCUCUCAUCAGGGUUGUCUCUUGGCAAUGAAGGACCAAAUGUUCGUGGAAGCAACAUAUAGUUACUACUCCAUGGACUUCAAUUUAACUGCUAUUAUGUAGUGUGAAAAUAUAUGUUGUGAUUUGGUGACAGAAGCUACUUUGCUUACUGAAUGUGGUAUGGAUUAAAUGUGGUUUAUUCUCAUGUAGUAAUAUUGUUUAAUGAGAGCCUUAAAACUUUAGGAUUUUUCUUUAUCAUUUAGAGGUUUGAAGUUGUAAAGUCUUGCUGUCUGCACUAAUGAUGCUCUGAGAAAUGGGAACAAUGCCAGGGACACUGUUUUCGUA